AGCCACCGGUCGGAAAUCAACAGGGAUCGGUCACUACAGAGCUUGAUUUCAUGCUCGCAAACAUUAGUUGCUGGUAGUUCGGUACUUGUUCGAGGAGAAUCAACUUUAUUCAAGCAGGUCAUCAAGAGAGGUACUUCAAACACUGGGUCUAAUGGAAGGCUUAAAUUGUUCACCCCACGGCCCUUGUAUGGCGCUCGGUUCUUCCCCGCCACCAGCAGGCAAGAAACCCGACAUUCUCUGCCAAGUCUGUGGGGACCGGAGCUCCGGGAAACAUUACGGGGUGUUCAGCUGCGAUGGAUGCCGUGGGUUCUUCAAGCGUAGUGUACGGCGCAACCUCGCCUACGUGUGCAAGGAGAACGAGAAAUGCGUGGUGGAUCUGACGCGGAGAAACCAGUGUCAAGCAUGCAGAUUCAAAAAGUGUCUCGCAGUCCGAAUGAAUAAAAAUGCUGUACAGCACGAACGGGCACCGAGAUGUUACCAAUACAGCCGACACAGCAGCCCAGAAAAGCCCGGGGCCUCCCCACCACUCAAGGAAGAACCUACACAAUUCCCACCGGGGAUUUCGUUUAACCACGACCCACGACUUUCUAGCUUCACUCCGGUCACGCCCGGUCACCCGGACUAUAUCAGCAGACUUCAUCCACAACAACCGAUGCCGUCUGCCCGGACGUGUUGGACGGACGUACUGGUGAACCCAUUCCUGAAUAGCCUACUGGUAGCUGACCGUGCCUUUGACCCUCGACAGCUGAACACUGCUACUACGGUUGAGCAAGGUGGAUUUGGGAGUCAAGUCGAGGCAGAAUCUCUUCCAUCACGGUCAUCAAGCUUUACUGAUAUCCAUCACAACUGCAAAUCCGAUCUAUGUCAGAGCAACAUUGCAGAGAACGUGUACGAAUGCGCAGCACGCCUCCUCUUCAUGACAGUCAAAUGGGCACGGGGUAUCCCGGCAUUCCUCGCACUUCCGUUUAGGGAUCAAGCAAUCCUAUUGGAGGAGGCGUGGAGCGAUCUCUUUGUAUUGAGUGCGUGCCAGUGGUCGGUGCCCAUUGAAAUAGAAACCAUGCUAAGCUCGGAUUGUUUGUUGAAUCCAACAGACUCAAACACCAGGCUGCCAGCACUUAAAGCAACUGUCAGGCAGCUACAAGACGUCGUGAGCCGCUUGAGGGCGCUACAGACAGACACCUUUGAGUACGCUUGCCUAAAGGCGUUGGUUCUCUUUAAACCAGAAGCAAGAGGACUCCGAGAAUGCCAGAAAGUAGAGGCGCUACAGGACGAGUCCCAGUUGGUCCUCAAUGACGUCACACGCGCACGUCAACCAAUCCAGAGGGUGCGUUUUGGGAAGCUUCUUCUAGCCUUGCCCUGUAUCCGGAACAUCAACUCCAAGUGUGUGGAGGAACUCUUCUUUAGACGGACAAUAGGAAGCGUACCAAUCGAGCGACUGCUGUGCGACAUGUUCAAGUCUAGCUGAAGAAUGGGGACGUGUCAGAGGUCAUCAGGGUCAAAUUUCAUACAGCUGCUUAAAGUAGAAAAUGUUGCUUAAAAUGUUCUGCUAUGCAAAAGGAGCCGAAUGCUAGUCAAAAAUCGGCACCUGAACAGAAAUAUUGCAGAUCUGCCAACCCUCCCUUAUUUUGCAGAAAGUAAACAAUAUAUUUCCAUAUUUUUAUGAAUAACUUUGAAAAUCGCCCUGGUUAUGGAAAUUUAUCCUAAAUGUUGCAUGUAAAUGUAAACAUCUCCUUGAUUGUUUGUACAAAAACUGAUUGCAAGAUGCAAAUGUUGGCAGCUCUAAACAGAAUGGGGGACCGCCAACAUAGAGCUUGAUUGUUCAUAGAGCGCCGGCACGUUAAUCCAGAGGUCGUUGAUCAAAUCCCGCUCUAGUCAAUUUCUUUCUUUGUUGAA